AUUCGAUGCGUUGCAACUAAAUGUAUUGUUAGUCACUGUGAGUCAUUUAAACGAUGGCAUCAAACACCAAAACACUAACGUUAAGGAAGUCUCAUGUACAAGCUUCACGAACUCAUGAUUAUUUAUACGGUUAUCAUGUUGUCGAAGAAAAAGUCAAACAGAUGCCAGGUUCAGAGACCACAUACAUAUCCUCUGUAUACUACGUCAAGUGAGAGGGACCACGCUCGUUCAUCAACCAAAGCGCAAACCUCUCUGGAACGAGUGAAACGACUCCCCAAGUAUGGCACGAUGUUCAGUGAGCUGCGUCACCACCCACGCUUCUCCGUGGAGCUGGACUCUACUGACCCUGUUCCGCCGUGGAUCAUGCGGGACUGGAGAGGAACUAACGAACAGAUGGGAAGCAGUGAACAGCACAUCACUGGUAGCGAGCGUUACAAAUUCUUCAGAAGGCCUUUGAUUCCCUUUAUCCAGCAGACACCAGCAGGAGUUGUUCUUGAUCAAACUGGCAGGGGAGAUGGCAUGUUGCUUCAGCAACAACCAGAAGAGCCCCAGCACUCGGAUAGCAAAACAAGAACUGUGUAUGUACAGACAGACUACAGAGACAGCGAGACUCAAACCUAUCCUUACAGCCCUGGCUAUCACAUCCAGCCAGGCUCGAAUCCUGAGAUCCUUACGCUCAGCACACUGGCAUGGGGGCAUGGACUACCAGCGGGACUAGCAGAGGUGGAGAUGAUAGAGAGAGCGCGGGCCAAGCGAGCGUGGGAGGCCACGUUGCCACCCAUCAGUGACCCGACACAGCUACAUAAAAGACAGCACAUGAUGGAAGAGAUGGAGAGAGAGGAAUGGGCAUUCAGGGAAACUGAAAUAUACAGGAUUCAAGAGGCCAGGUUAACGACUUUGAAGAGAUUGCUCAAGGACAGAGAGAAGCAAAACUUGCAACUGAACAAAAAGCGAUUGGAUAAGAUGUGGUCAAAGAAGCAAAAUGUGAAAGAAGAAAAGCUCAAACAUAUACAAGCUGAACAUGUGAAAGCAAUGCGUAAGCUCCUAGAGAAACGGAAGCAGGUGCUUGGGCGGCCACUUAAAAGGGACAUUGUGCAAGACUAUUCGAAUCAUGGAUCACAGACCUACGCGCCCAUUUGCCGUAAUGGUGUGUUCCAGGAUGUGAAUGCAGACCAGUACAGAGUGAAAAGCAAAUACCUAGACUCCUACUCAGGUCUGUUGGAGCUGGAAGCAUUCCUGCCUGAUAACGUGCUCGAACCUUCCAUCACACCUCCAAAGCCGAAAUUCACCGAUAAAGACGGGUUCGUUAAGCGAGCGUUUCGACGGGAGAAGGAACUCGAUGAGGUGUAUGCCGCCAUCAAGAAGGAGCAGCAGGCACCGACUCCAGUGAAGUCCGCUCCACGCUACCUGCAAAAGAUUGAGAAGCCAGUGCCACGACCUCCCACUCCCACAGUGUCUAUUCCAUGUGAGGAAGAAGAACAGCGAGAGUUGGCCGUCAUCCUUUUGCAGAGGGUCGUGCGAGGUCGCGCAAUCCAAAACAUGAUGUAUGAGGGCAAGGGACGUCGGGCAGAGCUCAUAGAUGAGCUGCGUAGCACUCACGCCCUGCAGACGGCAGAACAGCAGGUGAAGAAGCUGGACAGACAGGCCACCAUGGCACUGCAGAGGCACAUAAAGCUACUCGAAAACAAGGAGUAUCGCAUAGACGAAGUGCUGAGUGAGAUGGAAGGCGGUGCCAUCGCUGGCAUGCUGGACUUCCUCAGCAAGGAGUUGAUUCGCUUGCAGGAAGAGCGACGCAUUCACGCCCUCGCCAUGUUGGCCGAGAGAGAGAGAAGGAUGAGGGAGGCUGAGGAGUCUGGUCGCAGGCAGGUGGAAGAGAGGAGGAGACGCGAGGAAGACGAAAUAUUCAAACAGCUCAUAAAGGUCCACCAGGACACGGUUGACACGUACCUAGAGGACGUCAUACUACAGACAGUCGAAAAUACGGCCGACCAACAAGCUAGGAGUGACAUUCAGAAGAUGGCCCAUCACAUCAACGAUGUUGCUUACGAUGUCGAGGAAAGGAUGUCUUUAUUAGAAAGGGAGGAUCUCGUUGCCGAACUGGUGCACAGUUUCUUGCUGCCUGAAGUGCAGAAGCAAAUGUCUCGGGAGAAAGUGAAAGCUCAGCAGAGGCAAUACCUUGUAGGUGCUCACAACGCACUAUACGGAGAGGCGUCUACAACUGAAAGCGAGGAGCAUGAUCAAAAAACCUGAACCAAUGAAACCAAUUGAUAGGUCUUAAAUGCCUUUCCACGUUUGCAAAUAAAAAAUGCAACAAAAAUUCUACCAAUUUCAUGUGAUGCAAUGUGUUGAGUGCACAAAUGCAAGUUUGCAAAUAGCAAUAAUUCUGAAUAUGAUUGUAAUAACAUGUGCCUUCUUUUGAUGGCUUGAUAAUUGUAUAUAUAUAUUUAGUUUGUAGAUUUGUUUUUUUAGUUGUAUUUAUUUUAGUCAAUAGUGUUUGCAUCCGAAUGCAGUGUUAUUUUAAUAACUAAUAGUAAUUGCAUCCGAAUGCAGUGUUAUUUUAAUAACUAAUAGUAAUUGCAUCCGAAUGCAGUGUCUAGGGUUUUUAAGUAGAAGGUGAUGCAACAAAGCUAUCUAUAAUAGUGGCAGUGUCUAGGGUUUUUAAGUAGAAGGUGAUGCAACAAAGCUAUCUAUAAUAGUGGCAGUGUACCUAACAAUGUAUGCACGUGUUCACAGGAUGGUGACUUGCCUGCCUACAUACCAGCAUUUGUUUUGUAUCACCUGGUAGUCUUAAUCUCUAAUUGUCACCGUACUAUAAGAAAAAUAACCCAUUCUCAUACAUUUGAUACUAUGGUACGAUAUAUUCUGUGUCAUUCUGUGAAUAUAUAUAAUGUGGUAUCCUGUGAA